UAGAGGCAGCACCGGCCUGGACCGGGCGAGAGUGACUGCGGCGUUCCGGGGCCGGCCGGGCGUGAUACUGCAGUGCUACCAUGGCGGAACCUCAGCCCGCAGCAGGCGGCCUCACCGACGAGGCGGCUCUCGGCUGCUGCUCCGACCCGGACCCUAGCACCAAGGAUUUUCUGUUGCAACAGACCAUGCUGAGAAUCAAGGAUCCUAAGAAGUCAUUGGAAUUUUAUACUAAAAUUCUUGGAAUGACGCUUCUCCAAAAACUAGAUUUCCCAACAAUGAAAUUUUCGCUCUAUUUCUUGGCUUAUGAGGAUAAAAAUGACAUCCCUACAGAAAAAGAUGAAAAGCUAGCCUGGGUAUUCUCCAGAAAAGCUACACUUGAACUAACACAUAAUUGGGGCACUGAAGAUGAUGAGACCCAGAGUUACCACAGUGGCAAUUCAGACCCUCGAGGAUUUGGUCACAUUGGAAUUGCUGUUCCUGAUGUACACAGUGCUUGUAAAAGAUUUGAAGAACUGGGGGUCAAAUUUGUGAAGAAACCUGAUGAUGGUAAAAUGAAAGGCCUGGCAUUUAUUCAAGAUCCUGAUGGCUACUGGAUCGAAAUUUUGAAUCCUAACAAAAUGAUAGCUAUUGUUUAAGUUCUGUAAGAAUACUGCUUUUGAGAUUUGAGGAAGGCAUUGUAGGCAAUCAAAAAGGAAACAAUGUGAUUCAAGACUUCCAAUUUAACAGAAGCAUCUAGGACUGGUGGGGUCACUGUCCCAGUUCAUACUCUCCAGUUUCCCUUUUCAUCUACCCAUUCAAUCAUCCUAAUUUUAAAGUACUGCUUAGCCUUAUGUCCUUGAAUGUAAUUGUGUGACUUUACUUUUUUAGGUAAUUAGAACAAUUCCCUUCAGAGGCUGCAUUUGCCUUCUAUCUUCUAAAAAGGACUUUUUACAUGCCUGCCUUUGAAUCAUUUUUAAAAAAUUAUACUCUUAACAUGUUUUGUUAUAGUUACCUUCAGGGGUUUCCAUUCCUCAGAAACUACUUUUCACAAUGGAAAGUAAAGAACACUGAACAAAAGUAAAACUUCAUGUGCACUUCAAAUAGUAUACAGUGUUGAUGUUACAAAAGAGAAGCUACUCUUGGGAGCAGUUCAGAAUCACGCUGACAAGGAUGCUGAUAGAAGAACUAAUUCUCCUUAUUUACAAAGUACUUUGAGAGUUCAAGGACUAGCCAGUUUAUUUUGGCAUAGGAGGAGAAUGGGAAUAUUUACUGCAUAUGCAAACACAGGACUGUUCUGUCACAUACUUUAUAUCAUUUAAUCUUCACGAUGCUUGUAUGAGAAAGAAAGCAGGCUAGACAUGAGAAAAAACCUUUAGUGAACUGAAGGCAAUAUAAAGAGGUUUAAGCACUCAAGAUAUUGUCAGCAAUUUUAGGAUUUGGAUUGUAUCUCAAAAAUUAGUACCCCACCCCACAUUCUUCCCAGUGUGUGUACACACACACACACACACACACACACGAUACCUCUUCUGCUGGUCUCCCAUUUUAACAACCUCCAGUGACUUUGAGCAGUCAUCUGAGCUCUUGGGCCCUGCUACCACUGUGAGGGAACAACACUGGAGGAAAUCUGGAGUACCGACUGCCUUGAAGACACCUGGCUACUUCUGUGCAAGUGUUGUGGUUACUACCUGUGAAGAGGCUCAUCCCAAGGUCUUCCAGAUGCCAGUUAUCAUUCUGGGAAAAUUAUGUCUUGUGAUAACUAAAUUAAUAGAAAUCAGCGUUUCCCUAUUCUGAGUGACAUUUGAUGGGUUUUUAAAAACCAGACUGAUUUCAAAAACUUCUUAUGGCCUAGACAAUUAGAACAUCCAGUUUGUGAUUUUAACUACCUUUAGAUUUUCCACAGACUGCAGUGAAUACCUUUGGACAGGCUUGCCAAUUAUGCUUAUAAUGCUAGAUGCCUUUUACAUUCCUUUUUAAGUGGAAUGGGUUUAUGUGAGCAAUUCAAACAAACAGCAGUACUUACAGACUGAAAUAAAGUUAAAUUUAAAUAAUGCUGUGUUUAAUUUGUAAACUUCUGUCCAAUAUGUUCAUUCAUUAAAAAAAAAAAGUUCCCUCAGGGAGUACUGCACGUCUUUGAAAGCACUUGUAGACUCAUUUUGAACUGGAAAUAGUUGUAAUUCUGUACAUCCUGCAGAACAGAUGGUUUCUAUGGGUAAGCAAGGAAGGAAAGGGUAGGAAGAAGAAAGUAAAUAAGGAAUAAAGGACUAUGGUAAAUAAAUGUACAGAUUAGAAAAAAAAGGUCGAAUGUCCAAAAGGAGAGUCAUGGGAACCAAUGAAGAUCAAGUUCACAUUGUCAGAAUUAUCAAAUGAGAGGGUUAUUAGAUUCAUGACAGCAAAAAUGUCAUUUAAACCUUUCCAGAGAAAGAAUCCGUUAUUUGCAAAGUACAAUUUGCCAAGUUCCUUGGUUAUCCCUUAAAUUCAUUCCUGUAUACAGUGUGUGUGUGUGCAUGCGUGCAUGCGCAACAUGUCAUCACCACUCCAAGUGCUAGAACUGUUCACUUCCAAAUUAACUUACUUGUAACAGGGUGAAGGAGAACACACAAUCUUGUCUCUCAUGAUUGGGCAGCACUACUGUAGCUUACUAUUAAUGUGAAUAAGUCAGUCUUGAAUGUGUUUACACAGAUAAGCCUGGGACUAUUAGUUAUGCAGGUGGUUUGUGUUAGAAGCUGGUGACUUAAAAACCACCUGCUUCCUCACAUAGCAUUCUAACCAAGCCUUCCUACCAUGUAUAUAAAUACUCUUUAACAGUCUCACUCCUAGCAAAAUAAUUGCUUGCAAAAUAUCUGUUAUAUCUGUUGCUUGCUUCCAGCAAUAAAAAAAAAAAAAAAGACCCAAUAUGAUCUAUAGUUCCUUCAGAAGUUCUGCAAUGAAUUGAUAGGGAGAUCAGAGAUACCAAGAACCCUGGUUUCCUUCCAUCUUUCUCAGCCUUUCUGAGUUUUAUCUUUGAGCUAGUACUGUGAGCAGUAAUACCUACCUGUUUGCAGGUAUCAAUAUAUAAACCUACACCAUCCAGGAAAAGGAGAUAAUCUUUUGUUGCUCAUUUGUUUUAGUGUCAGAUCUUUCCAUAAGUCCCUCAGCAGAAUUCCCCUCAUGUUUUGCACGGAACUGAGUCAUUUCCCUGUCUUCAGUCACUGGCAGAGGGAAUGAGACUGACUUAGAUGGAGCAUGUUUACUCAAAUACCUGCAUGAGGGUAGAGACUGGACCAAAAUUGAGAGGACUUCUGUGGGGGGAUAAACAAAACUGCAGCAGGCUCCUAGCUGGUGCAGUGUGAUAAAAAAAAAAAAAAAAAAAAAAGUUGUAUUUUUUGUCAACAGAGCUUGGUCUAAGAUUGUGGUUUUCAAACCAUACAUGUUUUAGCACACCCAUUUUAUUAUCGGCAAUAUUAUGACAUCACAUCCACCAUCUUAAAAUUCAUAUAUAAUUUACCUGUAUAUACAGCUUCCUAAAGGGUAAAUCUCAAACCUUUAUUGCAAUGUAAUGGGGAAAUGAAAUCUAUUUGUAAUAAAUAGUAUGCAUUUCAAUAUAUAAAAGCACUGAUAAUAUUACACUAGAAAACAAUGAAAUAACCAGGUGUUUAACCUGGAAAACUUAAUACUGUUAACACUGUGUGAUGUUUUAAAAUAAAGGCUGAAUUCAUGAUUCA